GGGAGCGCGCGCGCCACCGCCGCCGCCGCCACCUCCUCCUCAGGUCCGGUGCAGCCAGUGUCAGUCGUUGGCUGCGGGAGGGUGGCGGUGAUGACGGCCGGGCGUGACGGGCCCGUCGCGGCAGCGCCUCCUCCUUCUCCUCCCGCCGCCGCCGCCGCCGCCGCCGCCGCCACAGCCACCGCCACCGAGGCCUCGGCAGACUCAUCAUGAGAGGAGACAGAACCCUCAAACAAAUAAAUCUGGAUCAAAGGAAAAGCAGUCCAAGGCCAUGCAAGCCAGCUGUAGUCACCUUCACAAUCUUCCAGGAACUGGAGACAGUGAAACUGCCCCAGCUUCUCAUUGUGCCCAUACUGUAAGAAUGACUGGUGAAGGUUCUUGCCAUCAUCCUGGAGACAUUCACAUCCAGAUAAGCUCUGUACCUGGAGAGUGUGGUGAAAGUCCAAGCCCUAGAAACCUAAGGUCUGGUUCCCAAAGCAAUACUCAGGGCUGCAUACACAGUCGAUUAAGAAGUCAUUCACACAAUGAAGCAAGGCAACCUGAUGAUGCUACCAUGGAGCCAGGAGAAAAUGGCAGCAGCUCUAUCUCUGAGUUUCGCUAUCUCUUCCAUUGGUUGCAGAAAAGUCUUCCAUAUAUUUUGAUUUUGUGUGUCAAACUUGUAAUGCAGCAUAUAACAGGCAUUUCUCUUGGAAUUGGGCUGCUAACAACUUUUAUGUAUGCAAACAAAAGCAUUGUAAAUCAGGUUUUUCUAAGAGAAAGGUGCUCAAAGGUACAGUGCGCUUGUUUACUGGUAUUCUUAGCAGGAUCUUCCGUUCUCUUGUAUUACACCUUUCAGUCUCAAUCACUUUAUUACAGCUUAAUUUUUUUAAAUCCUACUUUGGAUUUUUCAAGCUUCUGGGAGGUACUCUGGAUUGUGGGAAUUACAGACUUCAUCCUUAAAUUCCUCUUCAUGGGCUUCAAAUGCCUUAUUUUGUUGGUGCCUUCUUUUGUGAUGUCUUUUAAAUCCAAGGGCUAUUGGUAUAUGCUCAUAGAAGAAUUAUGCCAGUAUUAUCGAACUUUUGUUCCUAUUCCAGUUUGGUUUCGUUACCUUGUUAGCUAUGGGGAGUUAGGAGGCAGUGUAACAGGAUGGAGUCUUGGGAUUCUGCUGGGUCUACUCUACCUCAUUUUAAAACUUCUAGACUUUUUUGGGCAUCUGAGAACUUUCAGGCGAGCUUUACGGAUAUUUUUAACACGACCAAGUUAUGGGGUGACAGCCUCCAAAAGACAGUGUUCAGAAGCUGAUGAUCUUUGUUCUAUCUGUCAGGCUGAAUUCCAGAAGCCUAUCCUUCUCAUCUGUCAGCAUAUAUUUUGUGAAGAGUGUAUCACGUUAUGGUUUAAUAGAGAGAAAACAUGUCCACUUUGCAGAACUGUUAUUUCAGACCAUGUAAACAAAUGGAAAGAUGGAGCCACUUCAUCACAUCUUCAGAUUUAUUAGAUCCUGUCAACUGCUAUUUGGUGUUUAUAGGAUGCUGGUUUUCAUUUGAUGUUUGACUAAGUAAUGUGGGUACUGCUAUAAUUGAAUUUUAAAUGGAUUUCCAGUGUUUCUAGUUCAAAACUAACCUGAAGCAUCAAAAUCAGACAUUUUAGACUAUUAGAAACAAAUUAAAGAAAAUUCUGUCUACAGACAUGAAAUUUUAAGAAUUAAAUGGGUAAAAAGCAACCCUGUGUUAUUUUGACUUUUCUUCUAAUUCAGUGUUGUUCAAACAACAUUUUCAUCUGUCUGUAUAAUGAUAAAAUGUUUUAGACAUUCUCAGAAUGUAGUUGGACAGGUAAUAGUAGUUUGCUUUGAGGAACACAGGCAUUGUCUCCUGCUAGAAUCAAAAUCUUAUUUUUUCAUGGUUUUAAGGUACAUGUAUAUAAAACAAUUCUAGCUUUUUAGAGAGCAUUUGACUUUUCUAAACCCAAUUCUGAAUUAUUCCUAGAAUUCUUAUGCCACUAUAAGGCAUUUUAAUGUAUUUUUCCUGUGUUGGCUUUUAAGAAUUACAGGAAUAAUUCCUGUAAAGUAUUUUAUAAAACUUGUAUUUUUAAAAUAUAAAAUUCUAAAUACUAUAUUUUGUCUAAAUCAGAUUUUCCAAGUCAAAGGAACUGACUAGGGAAGGUAUAUUUUAACCUGUAUUGUUAACUGUCGCUUUGACCAGCAAUCAGUGAGAAAUAAAUGAAAUUAAAAAUUUUGGUGGACCUUAUACAUGCAUACAUGUGUACAUACAUGCGCUGCUGUCAACUUAAGUGUUUUAUUAUUUUGCUUUUAUCUAGUGUUAUUGACCAUCUUACACAGUUAAAAAUAUAAUUUGUUGAUUAUGAAGGCACCAAGAGCAAAUUCCAUAAAUUUAAUCUGAAUCUGAAAGGAUUCUUCAUUACAUAUUUACUUUAAGCUACAAAAAUGAUUUAGCUUAUUUUCUUAUUUUAAUCUUCUUUUAUCCCUUUUUUUUUUAAAGCACUACCUCUAGUUCACUGUGGGGCUACUGUGUCCUUGAAAAAUCAGGCAUUCUUACAUUAGUAGUUACUGUACAGCUUUAGGGUAUUACUUUGUUACUUAUUUUUUUGGUUACACAAAGGCUGAUAUUUCCUUUGACUUAACUUUGAUAUAUUGACCAAGGAAAGUAUAUUUGGCCUUUCUGCUUCCCUGAGGAAAUGGCACUGAAGUAUUAUUAAAUGAGUCAGAUCUACAUAAAUGGAAAAAUUGUCACCUUAUAUCAAAUUAGUGGGCUCAUUCUCAGAGGUGGUAGUAUUUUUAUUAUUCUUGGAAGAAAACUCAAUUAAAGAACCUAGUUUUAUGCAGAAGCUUUAUGCAGAAAAGUUCAAAUUUUUUUCCAAUUAUUUUCUCUUUGCUGUAUAUAAAUCUAUUUUCGCUGCUACAGUUUCAUAAGUUGUCUUAUGAUUUCUAUAAAAGCAGCACAUCAUAUUGCAUCACUGUAUUUCAAGGGGUGAUAUUUGUACUUAAUGUAUUUUUCCAAUGUUGGCUUUUAUUAAAUCAGUUUUCUGUAAAUUCUUUAGUUUAAAAGUUUGUUAGGGUAUGGGAUUAAAUCUUCCCUGGGUUUCCUGAAAUUGUGUUCUAAUUAGUUAUUUAAUUAGUUUGCACCCAUGAUGGCUCUUCAAUUGCAGUAUGCCUUACUCAGCAGAGGAACUUCCUUCCUCCUCAAUUCUCCGUAACAGUUUGCUUCAAGCUGAUGGGGGGGGCGGGGGGAGGGUUGUCUCUGUCCUACCAGCUAAAGCUUCAGAGCUGCCGUUGUGUAAGAGCCAAUAUUCUUCCGAAUACUCCCCUAUCUGCCCACUGAUUGAUGUAGGUGGCCCUAAUGAAGAAAGGAAUGUAGAGAAAAUUGCUGGUUAGAUUGGGCUGAUGAAGGUGCAUCAACUACUAGAACAUAGGUCUUUUUGGAGGGGGGCAGGAGGCAAGGCAGUUGGGGUCAAGUGGCUUGCCCAGGGUCAUAACAGCUAGUAAAUGCAUGAGGCCUACUUUGAACUCAGGUCCUCCUGACUCUACUGUACCACCUAGCUGCCCCUAGAUCAUAGGUUCUUAAACUGGGGUCCAUGAACAUUUUUAAAAAAAUAUUUUGAUAACUGUCUUUCAAUAUAAUCAGUUUCCUUUGUAAUCCUAUUUAUCUUAGGCAUUUAAAAACAUUGUAAGAGGGGUCCAGAAGGGCCUAUGACACUAAAAAAGUUAAGAAGCCCUGGGAUGGAUUGUAUGAUGGAUCUCUUAUAGGCAGGGAGAUAUGCAUCAACAGUUGCGGAGUGUUUAUCGUAGAACACAUGCCAUUGUUGUUCUAAUUCUCAAUUUCUUUCUGGAAUGCCCUCCCUCCUUGUAAAAUCACUAUUUAGACCUCAAAUAAUGCCUUACCACACACAACUACUGCCCUCUAACUUAAGCAGUGUUUUUUCUCCCCACUGGAAUUCACACUUUGUGCUACCUUUUCACCUGUAUAUCGUUUCAUGUUACAGUUAUUUGUGUCUCAGCCCAUUCUUAGACUGUAAGCUCUUUGAGGGCAGGGAUUGUGCCUUAUCUAAACUGCUUGGAAUGUAGUAGCUCAGUGCUAUUACACAGGUGACUAAUAAAUUCUGAAUUUGAAGCCAGUUUGGGACUUAAAAAAAAAAAAACCCUUGAACAACACAUGAUUGAACAUUUGUCUUAACUUUUCCUGGUUUAGAAAGCAUUACUACAGCAACUAUAAUGCAGCUAAACGCAAGACACUUCAGCUCUGUAUACAAUAAAACUCUCAACAAUUAGAAUCCAUACCUAUACCCACCUUGCUAAAACAAUUGUCAAAAAAGAAUGGAUGGGACACGGGGCCAUAAACACACUGGUGAAGUAAAGGCACUUUUAUGCUAGCCUUCCCUUAUGAGAAUGUUAAAUAUACAGAAGAACUGGAGCACAUCCCCUGAAACAAAAAGCCUGCUUUGUCAAACUUGUUCAGGUAUGUCUCCUUUCUCUCAAUACAAACAUUACGAAGGGCCUCCAUUGUUUCAAAGGUGUAGUAAUGUCACUUAGCAGCAAGUUAUUAAAAAUCAUUGUCAUAUAUGGCAGUCUCCCUCUGCAAGAUGUCAUGUGUGUGAACCUGUCAUGCCUUGGAAAUCUGAAUACUAAGACUACCAGAGGUUUGUUCCUCAUAUACAAACAUCCCCUAGAUGAGCAAAGAACUUCCCAUUCUCUGUAUCUAUGGUUUGUCUCCUCAGGGUCUCAUUACCUACCUAUCUUAUUGUUAACCUUAUCUUGCAUGAUUUUUCUGGAAUGGAUUUCCAGAUCACCUUUUAGAUGUUAACGUCAAAGGUGCCACUCUAGACUUCUUCC